UGCGGGUAGGUUUCUUUUUUAAUCAAAAAACUGAAAUGUAUACACACACAUUUGACAUUAUACAUUACAUUAUUUUAUGGCACAUUGAAAGUGUAUUUCUAGUUUUGAAAAUAAAUAUUUAAAAUUGUGUGUUAAUUAUUUUGUAUUGUUCAUUUUCUAGUUAUUGAAAUAUUGAACUUAAAAAUAGGAAAUAUUCAUAAUAGGCUCAUAUUCACCAACUUCGACUGUAAGAUAAGGUGCGAUAACGGUGAGUAUUUUUUUAUUUGGCUUUUAAAAAACAUAGUUUGUUUGGCCCGCUGAGUGACUGGCGUUUGAUUGAGCCAAUAGUAACAGAGAAUAUAGCAUGACCGGGAGAUUACUAGCCAAUCGGCUAUCAGUGGGCGGGGCCUCCCGCCCAGCUAACGUAAGCGUUGUUAGUAGGAAGAAGAAGCCGAUUCUGGAAGCCAUUACGUUGCGCACAUCAAUUGAGUAAAUCCAACUAUUUUUGCGUACAAUACGCACAAUUAUCUCUCCAAAAGAGCAAUUUCUGCAACUAUGGCAUCGGUCGCGAAAAAGAGAAAAAUGAAUUUCUCGGAGAGAGAGGUGGAAAUUAUUGUGGAAGAAAUAGAGAAACAAAAGCACACACUGGUUAACCACUUCAAUGCUGGAGUCACCCACAUGGCAAAGAAUAACGCGUGGGUGGAUAUCCUGAAAAAGGUGAACGCUGUCACCACCUGUCCCAGAGAGUUGCCCGAGGUGAAAAAGAAGUGGUCCGACAUGAAGACGGAGGUCCGGCGGAAGGUGGCCCAGGCGCGGGCAGCUAUAGAGGGGACCUCCGCCGACUGCACUCCAGUUCCCGUCAUCCUCACUGCUAUGCAGCAGAGGAUCUGUAACCUCCUGGGGGAGGCCACCAUCAUCAGCUUACCUGCAGGAGACUCGGAUGCUGAGAUAACUUUACCGGUCACAGUGAACACCGCCGCGACUGUCACACUGGCAGAGACUCUUCCAGCUGGCUCAGCUACAGUCUGUGAUGAAGCAAAGCCACUGAAUGCUGAAACAACGUACCACACUCUGGAGGACGGCGGCGUGGUGGAGUACUGCACCACCACUGUGAGCGACUCCACUCCCACCGUGGUGGCCACCGUUGAGGCACCGGUGGAGAUGCUGGCCUCGUCCUCAGCUUCCCCGCCUCCGCCACAGGGUCAGGCCAAACCUCAGGAGCUGAAGAGCCGCAUCGCCCUCAACUCGGCCCGCCUGCUGCAGGAGCAGAGAGUCACCAACGUCCACAUCCGACAGAUCGCCCAGCACCUUGAGGGCCAGAACGAGCUGCUGCAGAUGAUGCGGCGCUCCCAGGAGGCCCAGGCGUUUGCCCAGGAAAGACAGGCGCAGGCCCUGGAGGGUACCCAGGCUGCCCUGCUAGCGUUAGUGCAGAUGCUCAGGCCCGCUCUCAAAGACCUGCGCAAAUUCCUGCAGAGUGGGACUGAGGUGGCGAACCCUAGCAGCUCAGCAGCAGGAGGGACAGCUGAAGGGGCAGGAACAGAGGAGCAGAGCAGGCCCAAAACUCCUCCACCUCCUCCACAACAAGCCGAGGAGACACAAUAGAUACUGUGUGUGUGUGUGUGUCUGGGACACUGAGACUUCAGAGAACAAUGAAAAGCUUGUCAGAAGUUGCCUCAGAGAGAGCAUGUACAGAAUUUUACUUAUGUUUUACGGUUUGGACAGAAGAAAAAAGAAAAACUUACGUUGCGAAGAUUAUUUUUACCGUCUGUCACUUCAAUUAGGGAGUUUGUGCUAUUUAAUACAUUGGAUUUAAUAUUGAAAUUGUGUUUUUAUUGCAGAGAUGCAGGUGGUCAUCGUCCUGAUGUUAAAUGAUGAACAUUUAAUCCUUCGGUUUUUUCAAGUCUAUUCUGAAUGAAGAGUAACUAGUCUUCUUUUUUAAGAACAGAGUCAACUGGAGUCGUCAGUUCGUGUGCACCGUCUUCAGAACUGAAUAAAAUUUUAAGAAAAUUAGCAGCCUGUGUUUUGUUCACAGGGUGCACCACUGUUAAUCAACCAGAAGAGGUCAGUGUGUGUGUAAGCAAUCAAUCACAGGUGGAGCAGCAGUGUAGUUUGAAGUACAUAUUGGGAUGAAAUGUAUUUAAUGUGAAAUACCACAGCCAUUUAUUUAGUUUUUUGUUAUAUAUAUAUAUAAAUAUAAAUUAUAAAUUAGAUUUACAAAUCUAAUUUAUAUAACAAUUUAUCUAGUUAUAUAA